AUGGCCUUCUUCACCCAAUCCGGCCUUUCGCCACUCUUCCUCUUCAAUGACUAUGAGGCUCCAACCCAAUACAAGUCUCGCCAAUGUCCCAAGUCCUACCAGUGCUCUAAGCCCCAAGCACGCAGCUCCUCAUUCGCACCAGCAUUCGACGUGCGCGAGUUGACACAUGCCUACCACCUCGACGGCGAACUGCCAGGCGUGGACCAGAGCAACAUCGAGAUCGAAUUCACCGAUCCACACACCCUCGUGAUCAAGGGCCACACAGACCGCGAGUACAUCAAUGACGACACUGAGAGCAACAACGAUGCCAGCUCAAGCCGCAGCGCGUCUCCUGCAGGCUGGCACCAAGCCACAGUCGAAGACGAGGAUGCAGAGUCGACUAGCUCGGCCGACACCGCUGCUUCCAACACUCCUACGCACCCCGCCAAGAACGACCAGCCUCAUUUCUGGACUAAGGAGAGGUCGAUCGGUGACUUCCAGCGCACUUUUAGCUUUACCGCGCGUGUUGACCAGGACUCUGUUCGCGCGAGUCUGAAGAAUGGUGUUUUGUCUGUUGUUGUCCCGAAAGAGGCGGCUCCUACACCGAAGAAGAUUCGCAUCCUGUGA